GAUGAAGGGGGAGGGGUGUGACGUUCAACAAACGUUGGAAAGUGGUCGAUUUCUAGCCGCAAACAAUCCUUCGAUAGCUUUGGUGGAGUAACACUCAGCCUUUCCUAGCUAUUACGUACCUUUUUGUCGUCGUACCCUGUCACAAGCGAGGCCCAAAACUACUCAAUCCAGCUCAUCAAGCUUGAGCUUGGCCGGUCGAACAGAUCCAGGAUGUCCUUUUAUUUAUGUUGUUCUCAGUCUGGCAGAGCUCAACCCUGUUUAUCAACCCUCGAUUGAACAUCAGCAGUCAAUGGCAUGGGAACACCUCCAGAGGAUAUAACUCCACACUCAUCAUAAAUAUUGAUAUCCUCCUCCAGCUUUGAUACAUAUUUAUUCACCCUUCAUUGUUGUUUCCUUCAUCAAAGAAGAAGCCUUUCCUCAAUUUAUCCCUUCAAGCUCACUAAUAGUAUUGUAGCUAGCCACUUCCGACUGAAGAUCCCCCCCCAAAGAAGCUCGAGUAGCAGCAGCAUUCCCCCAAGCUAUCACGAGUAUCUUCAAGAUAUUCAUUCAGUCGGCCACCAAGAACGACGGAAUAGCCACGCAGUCUACACAGUCUAGGAGAGAUGGUGACUACCAGGAGUGCGGCAUGUACGGCAGGUACCACCAUUGCUGCUGCCCGACAACUUCGACAUCAACGUCGCGCUCGCACCGCCGAGCAAGAUAUCCUCGGUCAAACUCAACCCGGACCAGCAAAGUCUAACAAACGCCAACGUCGGGCCACCUCUGCUAAAACUAAAAAAACUACUCCGACACCCACACCCACACCCACACCCGUCGAUCAAGAAGCAGACAUGCUCCAACCAGAACCUCCGAUGACCCAAGAGAAUGGCGUGGUCGCUGAGCCGGGACCCACCCAACAGAGUUCCACCUCAAGCGCAGUUAGCGAAACGACCGUCCGGCCGGCGAGCAUGGCUCAGCAAUCUCCAGCCGCUGACCCUUCCCCUGAACCGCCACAGCCUGAGCCCCCAAAACGAUGGUUCGGCCCGAUCGGUAACAUCUCCUUGCCCAAUCCUACGGUGCCCAUCUUCAAGCCCACCGAAAGUUUGUUCCACUUCUCUGCUGGCUUGCCUGCCCCCAAGCCGGAAGUCAAGCCAUUCGAGGCCGACCGUCAAAACACCGAGGCCCAUGGAUUCCCGGGGAUGACUGGUCUGCCGCAAGCGAGCACGAGUAGUGGAGAGCGAAGACACGAGGCGAUUACGAAGGCGGCGGCGGCAGUGAUGGCACACAUGAAUGGGCACGACGCCUCCCGGUCGGACUACGUGUCAAUCCUGGACGGGAUGCUCGAAGACCCGGAGAUGCGGACGGAACUGCCGCCGGUCUUAGUUGAGCAAUACGACGCGGCGGCCCAGGGCGAACACACGACGCUCUACAACGGCGCCUUGGUCGAGAAGUUCAUCCAUGCCACCAAGCGAGCCACCGAUGUGGUGGCCAAGAUCCUGAUGACCAACAAGAAUGCCCGUCGGGACCGUCAAGCACGUGCGGCCCGUCCCCGAGCGGAGACCUCUGCUUACCACACACCCGUCCCGAUCCCUUUCUCGGCCGGGCCUCCCGAGCCGAGUCCACCUACUGGCGACUACACGACAGACCUCGGGGACCAGAUACCCAUGGCGUCAUCCCAGUCAUCCCAAAUGCCGCCUCCAUUGUUCACUUACCCGCUCACCGAAGCUAAUCUCAACCGUCGUGCUGAAACCCAAAAUGCGAAGAACCAGGCCAGAGAAGCCUUAGGCCAUCGCGACGAUGAGCGCUCCGGCGUCAUGCGUAACUCCUCAAAACGCUCCGUACGCGCGGCACCUUACCCCAGACCAAGCCCGUCCGAUAACCGUCCCGGCCAUGGUCUCUCCGCUGAGAUGGCCGCCGUCUAUCCACAUGGUGUGGACGUCAACGAUGAAUCUGGCUACUCGGUCUACAGUGCCUCAACAGGCUUAGCUCAUCAACAAUCGGAAGCCCAACGAAUGGCAAGUACGAUGCUGGACAACGUAAAGAAGAUGGAAGACCCGAACACGUAUGAAUCGCAAUGCAGGAAGGAAGCGGAAGGGGUGUUAGCGGAGAUCGAGCGAAGCCGAGGGGCCGAUGCGGCGGCGCGAAUCCGGACGGGCUUCGACCUGAUGAGCUGCUACGAAUUAGUGAAGAAGACGAAUGUGAAUUUCCUUUCGGAGGCCUUAUUGGAGCACAUCUCCGACUCCUCGCGUACGCCAAACAAUAGUCUCCCCCCUCCUCCUCCGUCGCAGAGUCAGCCGCAACCUUCCGGCUCCAUGUCUACUCCUCGCUUCGAGGAUAUCCGGCCCCCGCCGCAAACGCCCUGCUUGCAUCCCCAGUACGGACUCGGCACCCUCGGGUUCGCGAGAGUCUUCAAACCCGCCGCGCCCUCCUUUCAUCGUACUAUCGUCCUCGAUACCCCCAUGCGUCCUCCCCCUCCUCCUUGAUCUUCUUCACCUAAAAUUUAGCACCCCGGACCGGUCGUUUUGUUUUGGUAACACUCUGCUUCUUUCCUCAAUUUGAAUUGAACUCCUUUUGUUGGUAUGUAUAUCAUCCAUCCAUCCCCCCCUUCCCUUUCUUGGUUAUUAAAUUUCAAUUAUUAUCAACAUCAAAACUCAAAAAAAAAAAAAACAUAAAACCCCUUCAAAAAACAAAACAAAAAAAAUAUUCUUGAAUAAAAUCUUGCUGCAAAUAAAUAUAUACUGCCAAAAAAAAAGAGAUCAAUCAUGUAAAUAUAAGAAUCAUUAUGAACAAAAAAAAAGAAUCCUUCAACAAUCCAUCCCAUGAGAGACAUCCUAGUUAUCCCAGUUGUUAGUGAUGUGUCCCCCCUAUUUCAUAGUCUGUUUGAUUGUCAUAGUGAAUAUGCCCUGACUUCCCCCCAUUGCAAUAUGAAUCCCAUGUACCCCCCGC